CUCAACUCGACGAGAGAGAAUUUGUCAUCCGUAGUCCGUAGUACAAAAUUAGAUAAAUAUCGCGUCCAUACCUACAGUGUUCGUGAUAGUGAAUUUUAUAGUAAAUAACAUUGGCAACUAUCAUAACAUAAACAGACAAAUCGCGUGUGAAGAGCAGUUUUACUUGGUGAUAUUAAACACUUGGAAGUUUAUAUGGUGUAUAUCGGUGCUUUUUGAACAUGAAUAAUUUUACGAAAACUCCUAAAACAUCGCCAAUUACAGAAGAUUACGACAUCUCCAACACAGUGCUCGGCCUUGGCAUCAACGGGAAGGUUGUCGAAUGCCAGGAAAAACGCACGGGCGCGAAGCGGGCGUUGAAAGUUUUGCACGACAGUUUGAAAGCGAGAAGAGAGGUCGAGUUACAUUGGCGAGCUAGUGGCUGUAGACACAUUGUUGAGAUAAUAGACGUGUACGACAACACAUAUGGCGGUAAGCGAUGCUUGUUAGUCGUGAUGGAAUGCAUGGACGGUGGGGAGCUGUUCCAGAGGAUACAGGAUAACAGAGAAGGCGCGUUCACCGAGAGACAAGCCGCUGAGAUAAUGCACUCAAUAUGCGUAGCUGUUCGUCAUCUCCACGACUCAAACAUAGCCCACCGGGACAUCAAACCUGAGAACUUGUUAUAUAGCAGUGUGAGACCAGACGCUCUGUUGAAACUGACUGAUUUUGGAUUCGCGAAGGAGACGUUGACUCCAGCUGACACCCUGCAGACACCCUGCUAUACACCUUAUUAUGUUGCUCCGGAGGUUCUGGGCCCGGAAAAAUACGAUAAAUCCUGCGACAUAUGGUCUUUAGGGGUCGUCAUGUACAUUCUCCUGUGCGGAUUCCCCCCGUUCUACUCCAACCACGGGCUCGCCAUAUCCCCUGGGAUGAAGAAGCGAAUCAGAUUGGGCCAAUAUGACUUCCCGGAGCCUGAAUGGUCCAAUGUGUCUUCAGAAGCGAAGAAUCUUAUUGGUGGAAUGCUUUCUGUCGAUCCGGCGAAGCGGUUGACCAUUCAUCAAGUGAUGGCCAGCCCCUGGGUGCGGCAGUACACGCAGGUGCCGCAGACGCCGCUGUACACGCACGCGCUGCUGCGCGAGGGCGGGGAGGCGUGGGCGGACGUGCAGGACGAGAUGACGCGCUCGCUGGCUACUAUGCGGGUGGAUUACGACCAGGUCCAAAUAAAAUCAUUAGAAAAUAGCAACAACUCUCUUUUGAACAAGAGACGGAAUAAGGUUGGCGCUUGAUUUAAAUGAAUGUAUGAAUCUUGGAUGGAAAGCAAAGUAUUUAGAUGACAAUAAUCAUGUUUAAUUACCCUCAAUAUAAACUUAGCGUUUUUUUGAAAAUUGUUUAUUUUUCUGGUAUUAGUAUUAAAAACAAAAUCAAUGUUCAAAUUUAAAUUUAAAAAUUACUAUUUACAAUAGAGAGUCCGUUGUUUCUUACAAUUAAUAUUGUGUGAACAAUAUCACCGUGUCAUUUUGUGAUUCUACACUAAACGAUAUAAAUUGAAAAAGACUAUUUAGGAAAUUAUUUUCGUGGUUAAUAAAUGUUUUACUUUUACAAUGUGUAGGUGAAAACUAAUAUUAGAUUUAUUUUCAACAAUAUGUACUGUAAAGAUUGUUUAUCUGUUAAGAUUUGUAUGAAAUCUAUAUAUGUAUAUGUCACGGUAAGUUUGAUUAAUUGAAAAUUAUUAAUAAUUUUACAACAUUAUUAAUAAUAACCACGUGAAGCGGUGGUGUAACGGUUAAGACGCCCGCCUGUUGAUCGAAAGGUCCCAGGUUCGAAUCCUACUCGUGCCGCAUGAGUUUGUAUACCAGUCUGUCUCAUGUAUAGUAGUUUUCAUCGACCACCACCUGCUUCCGGUGAAGGAAAACAUCGUGAGGAAACCUGCACACUGGUUGAUUCUUAUUAACUUGUGUGUGAAAUGGAGAAGGCAAUGGCAAACCACUCCAUUAAUAAUGCCAAGAAAGUUGUUGUGUGUGUUUCAUUCCACGUAAUGACCACGACCAUCAGCCAUGAGGAAUACGAGUAUGAAGAAGAAGAUUUGGUAAAUGUUAAUAAUCAAUUUAAAUUAAUUACUUUUAUUAGUUAUUAUUAAUAAUUCGCUGCACAGGUUGGUAAAAGUAUUGGUAAAAGUAAUAAAUAAAGUAAGACCCAAGGUUUUACUACAACAGGUUAAAGUUCAAGUUGGAUUGCCGGUUAGGAUAGUAUUGUGACCACACAAAGCGGAGCGAGAAAAGCGAGCGGAGCUUCAAACUAUUAAAAUGUUAAAUUAGGGGAACCAAUAGGGACCAAUUUAUUACAUUUACCGAUACUAAGGUUAAAUGAAAUGAAAUGAAAUUUAUUAAAUAAAUAAAACUUUGCUACAUUGCUUAUACAAUUGGUCCCACACUAGGCAACACGCCUGUCCUGUGGUAACCCAUGUUAUAGACCAUAAAUAUAACGUUAACAGUAGCCGACAAUAGGUUUAUGUCAAGGAUACUACAAAUUUAAAAAGAUUGGAAAGAAUAAAAUAAAAUGCUUUAUCGUCAUAUUACAUGUGGAGAUGCUUCACUGGACCUGACAGUAAAUCAGACUGGAAUCUGUAGAAACUGUUCAGUAUCAAUGUAAUGCCAUUUCUUUAUGAGCGAUGUGAUUAGGUGCUUACAUUUUCCAAGACUCGAACUUCUGAUGUCCGUUUGACGCGCUAUUUUGUUAUAUAUAUAUAGUUAUAAAUGAACGGGCUAAACCGUUGGGCAAACUUAGUAUUCACACAAGGCAAUUUAACCAAGAAUACUCGUUUCAUAAGCAUAUUUUGGUAGGCAAAUUAUUCAUAAUCACCGACAAAUGUGAUUAAUUUCUCACAUUUAUUACGACUUUCGGCAAUUAUUAAUAAUUUUCAAUUAAUCACUCUUACCGUAACAUAUAUAUUAUUUGGAUAUAUAUAAAAAAUAUAUUAUUAAUUAAGUCUACAUUUUUUUUCCAUAAAAUACAAUAUGUUAAAUUAAUGUAUAGAGGAGGUAAAAAACAAAUCAAAAAAUAAAAGUUGGUCUAUUUGUUUUGUUCAGGGCCUGUUUCACCACUCUCUGAUAAAAUUUCAUAUUGUAAUCUGACAGAUAAACUAACUGCUAGAUAAAUCUGCCUGAUUUGAUUGGCUAGUCCAGCCCUGUUCUACACUUGUGAAACACACUUUUAACUGUUUGAUAUGUUACAUAUAGACUAUCAGAUAGUUUGUCAGCAAGCGGUGAAGCAACUCAUUAGUUUGCUAUUCUCUUAUGAAUUAUUAAUAGCAGUAAAUAUAUAACUGAUACUAGAAUUAUUAAUAAUAUUAUAAAAAGUCAGUCGCUAUCGCAUUUUUAGUUCAUAUUAGUUUAAUAAUAGUCACAUUUGAAAUAACAUUAAGCCGACGACAGGAGUCUAAUCUCGUUUAAGGUGAUAUAUAAAUGCCGAAAAUUGUUGCCAUCAAAAUCUUCAUAAUCGACUGUGAUUACAUUGUGUAAUGGAAUACUAUAAUACUUUGCAAUGAAUUACUUUAUCUAGUGUAGAAAAAUUUGGAAAUAUGAUUUUUUUAGUUUUCGCUAAUAAUAAACACAAGGAAUUGGUAGAAAUGUGAUGGUGGCGCUAGUGUGCAGUUAUUUAUCACCUAAAGACGUUUAUUAGUAACCAUUUAUUCUGAAAAUCUUUGACUUUUUAUAAAAAAAAAAACACAUUUAAUUACACGCUUAUGCCAGAUAUAAAUUAUCGACGCGAAUGAAUAUACAUUGCAUAGUCUUUAUGUGUCAUUUUUUAACGCAAUAAAAACAAGCAAUGUACGUGAAAAGUGCUAACUUUGGCGAAAUUUUAACCGGUAGUCUCCAGUCGAUAUUAGACUGCAUUACAUAAUUUUAAGUUACAUAUUUUUUUAUGUAUUUAGGGUUAUUGAUAAAAACGGGUCGUUUGAUUUUGGACCAAAUAGACGAGGUCAGUUUUGUAAUAUUCAUAUUUCAUAUUCGCCAACUAAGUGUUACAAUGAUCUUAAAGUAAUUACAAAUAGUGCUUGUAUCUUAAUCACAUUUUACGGAUAUUGCGGCGCCUACUUGUAUUAUGAUAAAAACAUUUACACUUAUAGUUAUCAAUAAAUGUCUAUUAUACAGGUGACUUUUAAUACAUUGGGCAAUAUUUUGUCUAAAUGCUCAGUCCAUGAUUCUGAACAACUUUCAGUAUGGGGGUAAUUCCGAAAUCGCGAGAACAAAAUCAGCUGUUCCAUACAAAAUUAUAUACCUAACUUGUGGAAAAUGUAUGGAUCAGCUGAUUGUUUUCUCGCGAUUUCGAGGUUGCUUCCAUACGAAAAGUUGUUCAGUACCAUCGACUGAGCAUGUAGAUAAAAUUAUGCCAAUGUAUAAGAAAUCACCCUGUAUAACUAUAUAUAAUAAUUAUCAUAAUAAGUACUUAUGAACUGUGUACAUAAGAAACUAAGGUAUCAAGUUAAUUCAUAAAACAAAAAUACCAUAGAAUGUCAUUAAAAAAUUAAUUAGGAUUUAUACUUGAUUUUGCACCAGUCAAUUUUGAUGCUAACUUUAACCUGGGCCGACGCGGUCGUCUUUUAGAACUAAAAUAUGGCUGCGUUUGCGUUUUUCUGCACAUGUUAAAGUUAACGUCUGAACUCACUGGUGGAAAACCGAAUCUCAGUUGAAAAAACUGUCAAGUCUCAAACUGUUGAUUUCAAAAAUCGUUUUUUAAAUCAACAAAGAAAAAUAUUUGACUUUUUGGCGUCAUACAAAACGUUACAAAGCCCUGUUUGUGGCUAUUUGCACGCUUAAAUAAAAAAUUCAAUGUAAAAAUGUCUAAAAAUCAUGAAUUUUCCUCAUUCUAACUCAUUAUAAAACAUCUCUUAAUAAACUUUAUAUAAAAAAAAUACAUGCAUACAAAGGCGGACUUAUCCCACAAAGGGAUUUAUUCCAGUCAACCAAGUAUUUGAAAGGAAAAAAAAUAUAAGCAAAUAUCUUUUUACGCAUGUCAGAAACUGUUGAGACUAAAAACUUGUUUAUUAAAAAGUAUAUACAUAUAUACAAGUCAAUUCAUAUAAUCUUAUGUAUUAAGAGGUGCUGAAAAACCUAUUAUAUUGCCAUAUACUGUAGUGGAAAUAUAUUUACAUAUACAUGGAUUUGUAAGUACGUAAUUAUAUAUUUUUUUUUUCUUUAUUUGUUAAAAAUUUCAUUUUAAUAUAAUGACAAUCAGUUAAUUAAACUUUUAAUACAAUUGACAUUUACUACGAUAUAUAUGCACAAGUUAGCUUCACUAUAAAAUUUUUAUCAUUUUAUUUAUUCGCGGAAAUUAACAUAAAUACUCAAAUUUACUGUAAAACUGGUCGCUAUUACCGCGCCAUAGAGCGCUUCAUGCGGGGUAACUUGAUGUGCUGUUAACUGUACACUAGGUAAAGAAUUUUGUUAGAGAGAAGUUUUCCAUUACACGAAGUAGGUCAGAUUACGGUGGUCACCGUUUUCGGUUUAGUAAAUUGUGGCAACUGUGUCCAAUAGAAAACUAUACAUAUAUAACACUUAUAUAUUUGCCUAGUGUAGCUAGUGUAUAUAUAUAUAUAUAUAUUUCAGUUUUCGUUAAUAAUUGAAAUUGAUAAAAAUGCUAUGGUGAUGAUAGUGUGCGGGUAGGAAGAAACAAAGAACAUUUUUGUCUAAAAUUAUUUUUUAAAAUUUUGUUUUUCGUCAUUGUCACUUUGUAUGAAUUAUAGAAAUGUAACAUAUUUUCAUAGCUCACAUUUAUAACCUCAAAAAAAAUUAAUAACUAUUUUCGCGUGUUAUAAGAGAAGUAAUUAAUACACAUAAAAUUCUUUAGCAUAAUGUAUUUUGAUGAGAUGAUAUUUACCAUUUAUAACACAAAAAAUAUUAUUUGUUUAACGAUGUGUCAUUACAAAUAUUAAAUCGCAAUUAAUAAAUUCAACUGUUUUAUAUUUCUAUAUUAUAUACUUACUCAUAUGUUUCCUUGCCGUCCAUUUGUAAAUAUAUUAAAAACACAAUGUAUUUUUUUGCUAAUCGUACCAUAGCAGUGCUUUAGUGCUUAUAAAAAUCAUUAUAACUAUUUUGAUGUAACAAAUAUGUAUUAACUGAUGUUCCACGAGAAGAAGUACCCAUUAGUCGCUUCUGUUAACUUGCUUAUUUUUAUAUCAUUACUUUAUUUAUAUUUUUUUACAUCUCAUAUCGGUAAGUAGAUCCUUAUUACCCCCAAAUGGAGCUUGUAGGUGACCAAUUAUCGCUCUAGGGUAAUAAUGAAGCUAGAAAAGCCCAAGGGCGGUAAGUAAAAUUAAAAAAAAACACUUCAGAUCAUACUGGCAAUAGACAUCAUGCAUUCAGCCCAAUCACCAAAGAGGUCGGCUUCGCCAUUCAGCCUUGUCUUAAUAGUUAUCAAUUUUAAAUAGGUAUCGAACGGCAAAGCUCAAUUUCGUUAUUGAAAAAAUAAAUUGCUCGGGUGUAAGCAUCAAUUGCACCCUCGAAGUAUAUCUGAAUAUAUAAAUAUCCCGGGCUGCAAUUUAUGCCUUACAGCCCUUGGCUACGAUUCUACUAUUACAUUGACGUGACCAAAAAUUAAAAAGUUAAAACACACAAAACGCGAAAAUACAGAAUCUUGUACGAAGUGUUCCAUAAUUUUUUGGGAAAUUAAUUAAAAUUUUAAGCUCAUUUAUUCGAGCGAUGUACAGGUAAAAUAUUGAUCGUUGUUAAUAAAAACCUAAUUAACACAAUGAAUGUUUAUGAUUUUACAAUGAAAAUUCAACAUUUUUAAGAUGAUCACUUCCGAUGGUUAUAAAUAAUAAUAAAUAAGCAAAAAAAAAUUGCAUGAAACCCGCCUGCUUGAAGAUAUUAGCAUUGAGCCCUUUAAUUUGGUACACAUAUUGUAAGUUGACGACCUCGGUGGCGCAGUGGUAAAGUGCUUGCCUCUGAAACGAGAGGUCCCGGGCUCGAUCCCCGGUCGGGUCAUGAUGGAAAAUGAUCUUUUUCUGAUUGGCCCAGGUCUUGCUAUAUAUGUAUUUGUUAUAAAAUAUAGUAUCGUUGAGUUAUUAUCCCAUAACACAAGUCUCGAACUUACUUUGGGGCUAGCACAAUCUGUGUGAUUUGUCCUAAUAUUUAUUUUCUAUAAGCAUUCGAAAAAAUAAUUGUUUUUCACUUAGUCCAAUGGCAUUACACAGCCGCCAUGUUUGUUUUUUUAACGUCACCUAUCUAAGAACACGCGGGAAGUUAAGACGAAUGUAUGGAUACCAUAAUUAUAUAAAUCAUUAUAUAGACAUUAGGAAAUAAAGAAUAUAUUUACACACAUACAAGAUACGCGCGAAAACAAUAUCGAUCCUUUGCAGUCGGGUAAAAAUGAACAAGUAAAAUGUCACAAGCGACUUCCCUCCAUAAUGUACUUUUUCUCGUGGAACAUCAAUGAAAUUUUAGAUUAUUUCACAGAUGAUUGUAUAUAUCUGUGUGCGUAGUGCAACUUCGCUAUUUAGAUCUCACCAUCUAGUCGUAUCGCAGUGAGACGCAGCUAACCAAUCACAGUGCGCCAUUGUGACGUAACGACAACCACACCGCAAUGUGAUUGGUUCGCUGUGUGUCACUUCGAAUCGAUUCGAUGGUGAGAAGGUAAAUGCAAUCCUGUACUAAGCCCUUUUUUUUAAAUACAGAUCACAUCUGUAUCCUUUUUUACGGGGUAGACAUAGUCAAGACAUUUAUUUUUAUUUGUCAUGUAGUUCAAACCAUACCUCAGUUGUAUAAAAUCGUAUAUUUUGGACUAAAAUAGUUCAUUAUAAAAAAAAUUCGACAAUAGCUUAGUUGCCUUAUAUAUUUUUUAUGCAUUUAGUCAAUUUGAUUUCUAGAGUUUUGCCUCGUUAUGUUACUAAUGAUACUAUAUUUAUCUUAUUUUAGACGUAUUUUAGUAAUAAAAUUCAGAUUUCACAAACUUUGAGUCAUGGCUCAUGACGAACCGAAUUUUUUAGCCAUUUUUUGAUUCAGAUGGGCAACAUUACAGACAUCGUCAGUCUUUCGUCUCGCUCAUACAGGAGCUUGUAGGAGAGAGAGUUGUAGGAGGGGCGAAGUCGCAUGAGUUACACUAUUCAAAUAUUCGAUUGAAAUUUGAAUUUGAUCUAGGUAGUUGUUUGUUAGUACUCGGUCCAAUUUCUCCUAAUCCUUUUCUAAUACGCUUAUCUCGUACGACUGAAAGGAAAGCCGUAUAUGGUGAUACGGUGUCUAUAAUAAUCUAUGUCUACGUUCUAGAGUAAUUUUCAAUUUAUUCAUUGCAUUUUGACCACUAUUGCCGCUACAUAGAGUUAUAUAUUGAGUAACUAGAUAUGUACCUACCUAGAUAUAGAAGUCACAAACUAAUAUAAGUACAUUUUAUGUUGUGAAUUAAGUUUUUUGGGUGGAUUUUUUGGUUUGUACAUGUUAAUGUGAUUAUAAUAAUUUUUUGGAUGUAAGUACUUAUUUCUUCCGACACAUAACGUUAUGUGUCAUCGGUGGCCGAUAUUGUUAUGCUAUAUUGUACUUUAUUUAGUACGAAUAAAGUUCAUUUUUCGGUGUACAAA